AUUUGAAGGUUUCUGGUUCGUACGAUUCAUACGGAAUUCAUACCAUUUUCAGCCAAUAGGAGAGCCAGCUCGCAUUACGUCAUUACAUCACGCCGUUGAAAAUUCCUCAUUCAUUCUCUAACACCACUUCCCUGCUCUUAUCUAAGCUUUAACAUGGCUCCCAAAAUGAGAAGCAGUAAUGUUCUGCGUUAUAUUGAGAGUGCGGGACUCUCUGAGGAUCUCAGCGAGUUUGAGAGUGAGAACGUAUCGGCAGGGUCUCGCUUGGCCACCAAGAAUGAGACGGCAGUUCAUGUAGAGAGCACAGCUCGUCUAUAUGAACUCCGUCUUAUUCAGAUGGAGAAAUUCGCCAUACGAGAGAAGGACACGGCUAUUCUUUUUGGUGAAAAUAGCCGUCCAUUUAGGGCGGCUACUAUCAAGACCUUUCUCGAUUCUGGAUGCCGAAGUUUGGGCAUGUUGGCCCAUACAGUGAGCAAGUAAAAAGGGAUCAUGAUGGGAAAAUUGUAGACAUCAUCCCAAAAGGGAACCCUAUGGAGGAUGCUGUCAACUCUGGCCAAAUUCCCUCCCGCAUUCAGAUAAAGCUGCCAUGGUCAAAGGCUGACAAGCAUGCCAAAGGAGUUAAUCUGUCGCUAUGGGCCAAUCCCCUAAACCCUAAGUUGUGCCCUGUUAUGGCACUCAUUUCGUGGCUGCUGUUUUCUGGAAUCACGAAGGGUUACAUCUUCCCUCGCAUUUCCAAGGACAACCGACGUGCCCUUCCAUCAAAGCGAAGUGUGGCCUCAUAUCGUACUAUUUUUUCCAAGAUGACCAAGGCCCUAUUUGAGAAGCCAUACACCACACAUAGCAUUAGAAGGUCAGCAGCACGCUGGGCAGCCAGAUGUGGUGCUGAUGAUAGCACAAUCAAAAGGACUGGUCGCUGGAAGUCGAGCAGCUUUGAACUUUACACCCAAGACGCAAGAGCAGAAAUGAUUACUGAACUUCAUGACGACAAUCCAAGCCAGGACCAUCUGCUGUGGAUGUUCAAGCCCCUCAGAUGAAGCACCUCCCGCUACAUGCCAUCCAGACAAUUAUUUCUGCCCUUGCGCCUUGGCAGCCUACUGUCAAAUCAUAGCCAUCAUCAAAUGCUAUCCUACAUGGAAGGACAACCAUUCAAACCAUGGAAGGAAAACCAUACAAACCACCCUCCAUCAAAGUCAUGAUCGAUGGGACCAUGCAUGGAAGGAAAACCAUGUAAACCCCUGAGGGGCAGUGGCUACACAUCCAUGGGGUGUAGAAUGGAGAUGUCAGGCAUUUCCUCCCUCCACUACCCUAGGUGUUCACCUUGGGCAAGUGAUAUCCCACCUCUAGCCUCCCAUUGCCCUAGGUUACAAGAUAGCGUCAGAUAAAAACUUGGCGACAAUGAGCCCUUGGCAAGGGUGAUACCCCGAUCUAUUGAUCGUUAAUACCGCAUUGAAUUAUGCGGGGGACCAAGAAGCCCUUAUCUAUACAAGAGCAAGUAAAAAAUAAAAGAACAAUACUUUCAUUUGAACAUAUCUAUAUUGAUUAGGUAUUCCAACCUCCAUCAUCUCACAUACCCUUAUCGACUUAACCUGCCUUUCACCACUUUACCUGCCUCCAACUGGCUAGCCUGUACUUCAGUGACUUACCCAUUCCUCGUUAAUUUACACUCAUCAGCUUCCAUUCUGUAACAGUCUUAACUUCCCUAACUGGCUACCUUCAAGAAUGGAAGGAAAACCUUACAAACCAUCCUUAAUCAAAAAAAUGGACAACAAAACCAUGCAUGGAAGUAAAACCAUGGAAUUGAAACCAUUCAAACAAAAAGACAGUCAUUCAAACCAUCAAAGGAAAACCAUUGCAGUGUUUGCCUUGGGCAAGUGAUAAGACACCACUAGCCUCCCUUUUCUCUUUUCUAAGAACAAAAACCCUUACUGCCAAUACCACCCUUGGCAUUUCUGGGUUGCCCCACAGGUAAAUAGAGGUACUUUAAUGUUGUUGCCUCGUUCUUAUCUGACUCCAAAGUCGGCCAUUUCUCAUGCCUAUAGCCUAAGAACUGAAAUUGAUAUGUAUUUUGCAUUUUGAAUAUCCCUUGUUUGGUUAGCUUUUCUAGGUUUCUUACCAAUUUCACACAACUCGUUCUAUUUGCACCAUUACCAAAAACCCCAUGAUUAUUCUUUUCAUUGAAUCCAAUUAAUUCUUUUCAUUCUUUUCAGUGAAUCCAAAGUAAAGGUGAACAAUACUGAUGGGAAAAUGCACCUGGAGAUUGUUUAAAUUUUCACUGCAUUUUAUGCAGGUGCUUGUACUCAGCACAUCCUUUUCCAAUGCUUUAUGCUUGUGGCAGUUGGUUGUCAAAUAUGGAGUAGAAUAUUGGACAUCCCUUUACAGAUAUAUUUUCUUAUUCUGCUGUGCUGUCUUGUUGAAAUAAAUUUGAUCCAGGAUCUUUUUAA